AUGAGAUUUUCAACAACUACUUUAUUCACAUUACUAGCUUCAAUAAUUUCAGUUUCUGCUGAUUGUACUUUUGAUGGUGGUAAUUAUUAUUGUUCAGAAACUAAAAAAGUUGUAUAUCAAGGUAUUGGGUACUCCGGUACUUAUCAAGAUGUUAUUAGUAUGGAUGAAUCAUCAGGUACUUGUCAACAACAAUCAUUUUCAUUUAGCGGUAACUUAUCUCCAUUAGAUGAAGAAUUAUCAGUCCAUUUUAGAGGUCCAUUAAAAUUAUUACAAUUUGGUGUUUACUACCCUUCAAGUAAUUCAAAUUCAAAAAGACAAGUUGAAGAAGAUUGUAAUACAAGACAUGUUCAUUAUAAACAUAAAAAAAGAGCUACUGAAAUUGUUCAAGUUACUCAAACUGUUAUUGUUGAUAGUAAUGGUAAUACAAUUACUUCAGAAGCUACCCAAACUACUACUGCGCCUGAUCAAGAAACUUCCUCAGUUGAUGUAGCUGCUGUUAACUCAUUACAAGGUGAAGCUAAAGCUUAUAGAUCAAUCUCAACUAAUCAAGCUCCAACUACAACUUCAUCACAAACUUACACUCCAUCAUCUUCAUCAGCUGCUUCACCAGGUGCUUGGUCAAGAGAUUCAUAUUAUACUCCAGGUUCAACCGAUAACUGUGUUAUCUUAAAUUACUUUGGCGGUUCAGGUUCCGGUGUUUGGUCAUCAUCAUUUGGUAAUUCAUUAAGUUAUGCAAAUUCUGAUAAUUCAGGUGGUUCAUCAUCAGCAGUUGCAUUAGAAGAAGUUACCAUUGGAUCAGGUAAAGAAUUUAUAAUCUUUUCUGGUGAACAAUGUAGUGGUGAUUCAUGUGGUUUCUAUAGACCAAAUUCAGUUGCUUACCAUGGUUUUAAAGGUAAUGAAAAAAUAUUUGCAUUUGAAUUUGAAAUGCCAACUGACUCAACAUCAUCAGGUGGUUAUAAUGAUGACAUGCCAGCUGUUUGGUUAUUAAAUGCUAAAAUUCCAAGAACUUUACAAUAUGGUGAUGCUUCAUGUUCAUGUUGGAAAACCGGCUGUGGUGAAUUAGAUUUAUUUGAAAUUUUAUCAAAAGGUUCAAAUAAAAUGAUUAGUCAUUUACAUGAUGGUCAAGGUGGUCAUGAUGGCUCAAACAAUGGUGGUGGUGGAUCCCAAGAUUAUUUCAUUAGACCAACUAGUGGUUCAUUUAAAGGUGUUGUUAUUUUCAGUGGUUCAGAUAUUCAUAUUGUUCAAGUUGAUGAUUCAACUGAUUUUGGUGCUUCAUUAGAUGAAGAUACUGUUCAAUCCUGGAUUAAUCAAUCUGGUUCAGUUGCUACAAUUGGUUACUAA